AUGGCACGCGAUCGGUCUCGAUCACCACGCCCGGAGGUUUACACAAUGUACCACGGUACAUCGCGCGAAGCUGCAGAACGUAUCGAGAGGGAAGGUUUCCAGCCAUCUGAGACAGGUAUGCUAGGACCUGGCGUCUACGUUUCAAGAGAUAUCGAAAAGGCAAUGAAGUACGGUCCAGUCGUGCUAGAAGUCACUGUCGAGGUGGGCCGCGUCAAACGAAUUGACCGCCAGGGCCAUCCGAUGCAGAAUUCCUGGGCGCAAGCUGGCUAUGACACUGCGUGGGUUCCCCCGAGAUGUGGGAUGGUUCCGUCUGGAAAGGAGGAGGAUUGCGUGUUGGACCCAGAGCGGAUCACUGUUGUUGGUCGAGCCCGGGGCUGA